UAUGUUGGAUAAUAAGGAUGGAUUAAGGAAAAGCCUAUUAAACAUCAAAUUAGGUUAAGAUUUUACAAAUUAAGUUCCAAAACAUUAUGUUUUACAACAAAUCAACAGAAAAAAACAGUUCAAUACACAGUAACGUAAUGAAGUAAUUACUGUAUUUACGGAUUUAGCACCAAAAUAUCACGAAUACCAAAAUGCGUUGGAUAAUCUAGAACGUUGGAUAAGUGAGUGUUGGAUAAGUGAGACUCUACUGUAUAUACCAUACUUUCCUUUUUACGUUUCACUGUUUGCAAACUAAGGCCUGUGGGCCCUCCACGGUCAUUUACCUGGCCCCAGUCCUAAACUUUAGACAGGGUUGACCAAAGUCUGAAAAGACUUGAAGGCCCACAACAACAACAAUCCUAAUUUUGGACUAUUUCAUCAUACUCCGGCCCUCUAACAGUCUGAGGGACCGUGAGCCGACCCUCCACUUAAAAAGCUUCUGUAGAAUCUCACUUAUCCGACAUAAACAGGUCGGCAGAAUGUUGGAUAAGCGAAAAUGUUGGAAAAUAAGAAAGGGUUAAGGAAAAGCCUAUUCAACGUCAAAAUACAUUAUGAUUUUAAAAAUUAAGCACCAAAACAUCAUGUUUUAUAACAAAUCGACAGAAAAAUGCAGUUCAGUACAAGGUAACAUUAUGUAGUAAUAAUUACUGUAUUUACAAAUUUAGCACCAAACCAUCUCUAUGUAUUCAAAACAUUGAUGACAAAAACAUAGACUAAUAAAAAAAUUGGCUACAAAUAAAGAUAGAAUUGCAUUGAAAGAUUUUUUAGCGGAUCGGAAACAGUAGUUUCAGAUGCAAAAUAAUUUAGAAAUCUGGCUCCAUCGACAGACUUCAGUGGAGACUCAAGACAGAUAAACUUCAGUGGACACUCCUGGUGAUUUGGUCAAUCAGUUAAAAUUUAUGAGUGAACCAGGUUUAAAAAAAACUAAAAAAAAUUUGGGGGGGGGGAAUGAACCCCUACCCCCCCCCCCUUGGCUACAGCCCUGCCCAUGACCAACAGAGGGGUUUGGGUGGAAUUGACAGUGAUUUAGGGGAGAUGUAGUUCACCUACAUCCAGAGAGCAAUGUGAACCCAAACCACGAUGGAUCUGGAUCAAAUUUGGCACAAAUACACAAUACCCCUAAAUUUGAAUACUGGUGGGGUUGUGGAGGGGAUUGAUUUUGUCAUUUGGGAGUUGUAGAUGCUGGGAUUUAUAGUUAACCUACAAUCAAAGAACAUUCUAAACUCCAUCAGCAAUUGCACUGAACCAAACUUGGCACCCUGUCUACAUGGACAACACUGCUGGUAUCAGGAUCAUGGAUGUCGUUUUACACUCCUCUAUUUAAUGGUGUUUCUCUUCACUAUAGAAUUAAUGCAGCCUAACACUACUUUAACUGCCAUGGCUCAAUGCUAUGGCAUCGCUGGAGUUGUGGCUUUACAGGGUCUUUAGCCUCCUCUGCCAAAGGGUGCUGCUGCCUCGCCAAACUUCAAUUCCUAUGAAUCCGUAGUAUUGAGCCAUAGCAUUUAAAGUGGAAUCAAACUGGAUUCAUUCCACAGUAUAGAUGCACCCACUGUUUCUUCUUCCUCUUUUCCUUUUUGUCCUCAGCUUACUUAAAGGACUGCAUCUGAGAUCAAAUGCAAAGCUCAUUUGGACAUUUCCAGGCAAAACAACAUAAUGUUGCUUCAGGGACCUCAGAAGGAUCAGCUGCAAGUCUCAGUUUAAGACAAGGACUGUGCUUGACCAGGCUUUCUGUCACAAAGCUGAACCAUCUGGUGAUAGAACAUUUGGUAAGCUGUGGAAUUCCAGCCGUGGGCAUUUCGGUAAGGAGACCUGUUGGCUUUUUUCCCCUCAAGGCUAUUAUAACUUUUCAGACAUUUGGAACCUGGAAAACAGCAUCCAAGAAUGUCACUCAGGAUGGGAUUGAUGCGGUAAAAGAAGCUUUAGAUGCAGGUUAUGUGCCAGUUUUACAUGGAGAUUGUGCUCUGGAUUCAGAACAACAUUGCUGUGUCUUAUCUGGAGAUACCAUUAUUGAGGUUCUAGCUAAGAAGUUCUCUCCUAGGCGAGUUGUGUUUCUCACAGACGUGAAUGGAAUUUUUAGCUGUCCGCCUGACACACCAGGUGCUAAACUUCUAGAUCACAUUAUUAUUCAUCCUAAUGGAACUAUGGAACCACACAUUCUUACAUCUGUGCUUCCACAUGACACUACUGGAGGUAUAUCUAUGAAGUUACAAGCUUCUAUACACAUAGUUUCUCAGAGCCGUGGAGAUGUUCCCGUUCUCAUCUGCAAGCUGGACAGUGAUGCAGCUGAAAGGGCUUGCCUGACAGGGGAGUUGAUGGAAGGUGAAGGUACAAAGCUUUUCUUCAAGGAAGCAUGAAGGUAUCUCUGCAAGAACAUUAAAUUAAGCAAAAGGCAAGUUUAAUCAAGGUGGUACAAUUUGGAUAUUGUGAUCAUUUGUAGAAUUUCACAUGACAGUCACAGUCAAUUCCAAAUAUCUUGAAUUAUGGAUUCUCUGUUACUCUAUUUACUUUGAAAUGAAUGUGGUGACAUGUAAGCCACCACUAUUAAUUUUUACCAUUUUACAAAUAUUUUUCAAAUAUUCUUUCCAUUCCAUGUGUGCUGUCAAGAGAAGUUUGGAAAGAAGCUGUAAAUUUGUUAAACUACAUAGCUACAAAGCUCUACACAAUUAGAUUCUCUUAAUGCGUACAUUCAUCUCCUUUGAGAAACUUUCCCAUCAAUACUUAAAAAUCAAGACUGAUGUGGGCAGAAUUGGAUAUGGCAUCAUCCUGGGAAUGGAUAACAUUGGUAGAUCUGGAGCUAUCUCCACCUCUCCUGGUUGAAAACCCACUUUGUUUUUCAGCUCCAUGUUUUUAUGUCAAAACAAGACAUGCAAGAUAAAGGAAAGGCUUUCAGGAUAGUGCUUGUCCAUUUCAGAUUUUUAGGAAUGGUUCUGAAGCCUGUAUAAUUAUAGGCAGAGGCAAAGAUGGAUUGUGCUGUUCUGUGAAAGAAAUUUCAGAUUUUGGAAAAGAAAAUGUGAGAAUUAGAUGAGGAAAGUAACAUUGAAUAUCCAGUCUGCCAAUCUGUUUUUGAGUGUACUUAGUGGUGUGCAUAAUUUCAUUUUUUCUUUGUAUUUCAUAUCAAAUUCAUUAAAUUUGUGCAUAUGAA